CUCUGGGGCGUGGGCGUGUUUUGAUGAAUUCAAUCGCAUUGAUGUUGAAGUGCUGUCUGUGGUCGCACAACAGAUUUCUACCAUACAGCAAGCACUUCAAAAUAAGGUUUGUUGUAUAAAACUAACUUUAUUUAUACUGGAUGGCUAUAUCAGUUCCAAACUGUUCUUCCUAGAGGUCCAGUAAGGAUCAUGUCUUAUUGAUCCAGUGUUACUACAGGAGGAAACCGAAACUAAACUAACUUUAUUUAUACUUGAUAGCUCUAUCAGUUCUAUACUGUUCUUCCUAGAGAUCUAGUAAGGAUUAUCUCUUAUUGAUCCAGUGUUACUACAGGAGGAAACCUAAACUAAACUAACUUUAUUUAUACUGGAUAGCUCUAUCAGUUCUAAACUGUUCUCCUUAGAGGUCCAGUAAGGAUCAUCUCUUAUUGAUCCAGUGUUACUACAGGAGGAAACCUAAACUUAACUAACUUUAUUUAUACUGGAUAGCUCUAUCAGUUCUAAACUGUUCUUCCUAGAGGUCCAGUAAGGAUCAUCUCUUAUUAAUCCAGUGUUACUACAGGAAGAAACCUAAACUAAACUAACUUUAUUUAUACUGGAUAGCUCUAUCAGUUCUAAACUGUUCUUCCUAGAGGUCCAGUAAGGAUCAUCUCUUAUCAUUGGUCACAAAGGAGAAAUGUAUAUUAUUGUUGACAAACGUUGACGAUUUCUUUCGUAUUAGGUUGACAGGUUUAUGUUUGAAGGUGUUGAAUUAAAGUUACGGCAUUCCUGUGCUGUAUUCAUCACAAUGAACCCUGGCUACGCUGGAAGAACAGAGUUACCUGACAAUCUUAAGGUAAGACGUUGUUGCAUCACUUGUAUCCGUAGUUUAUACUUUCAAUACCAUGGAAAUUUGAGAAUCUAACCAACUGAGCUACAGAGAGACAGUUGUCGAGCUCUAACCAACUGAGCUACAGAGAGACAGUUGUCGAGUUCUAACCAACUGAGCUACAGAGAGACAGUUGUCGAGCUCUAACCAACUGAGCUACAGAGAGACAAUUGUCGAGCUCUAACCAACUGAGCUACAGAGAGACAGUUGUCGAGCUCUAAGCGAACAGAAUGAAGUUAUUGAUGAUCAAUUAUUAGUAAAAUUUUUUUUUAUUUUUUAUCAAGGCAUUAUUCCGACCAGUGGCUAUGAUGGUGCCUGACUACGCGCUGAUCGCUGAAAUCAGUUUGUUUUCAUUCGGAUUUUCUGAAGCGAAAGUUCUGGCCAAGAAAAUCACUACAACAUUUAAAUUGUCUUCCGAACAACUCAGCUCACAGGUAAUGCAUAAUGUCCUGUCACAUAGAGUCAUGGCAUUUACUGUAAGAUAGUCGAACUCCAUGUAAACUGGAUAGCCCUAUCAAUUCUAAACUGUUCUCCCUGGAUAUCCAGUAAGGAUCGUCUCUUAUUGAUCCAGUGUUAUUAUAGGAGGAAACCUAAAUUUUAAUAUCUUUAUACUGAUAGCUCUGUCAGUUCUAAACUGUUCUUCCUAGAGGUCCAGUAAGGAUCAUCUCUUAUUGAUCCAGGGUUGCUACAGGAGGAAACGUAAACACCUUCAUCUUUAACAUUCCUUUGUGUUAAACGUAGGAUCAUUACGACUUUGGAAUGCGAGCUGUCAAAACAGUCAUAUCUGCCGCAGGAAAUCUCAAGAGGGAAAAUCCAAAUAUGGAAGAGGUAUAAUCUUGUUCCUAAGUUGUCUUAAUACUUGAUUACCUUUGCUCCAUUCUAUGCUUACAUUACCAGAACAGUGAUAACUAUACUGUAUGUGAGUUAUACGAAAAGUGAUGUUUUGAAUUGUCAACGAACAUAUUGUUAGCUGGUUAAAUCUGUUGUAUUUACUUGUUUAGGAACUGAUUGUUCUUCGCGCUAUUCGAGAUGUGAACGUUCCCAAAUUUCUACUGGAUGAUCUCAAAUUGUUUAAUGGCAUUGUCUCAGAUCUGUUUCCAAAAAUAAAGUAGGUUCUAUCAGUUUUAAACUGUUCACUCUAUAAAGGUCCAGUAAGGAUCAUCUCUUAUUGAUCCAGUGUUACUACAGGAGGAAACCUAAACUAAACUAACUUUAUUUAUACUGUAUAGCUCUAUCAGUUCUAAACUGUUCUUCCUAGAGGUCCAGUAAGGUUCAUCUCUUAUUGAUCCAGUGUUACUACAGGAGGAAACCUAAACUAAACUAACUUUAUUUAUACUGGAUAGCUCUAUCAGUUCUAAACUGUUCUUCCUAGAGGUCGAGUAAGAAUCAUCUCUUAUUGAUCCAGUGUUACUACAUGAGGAAACCUAAACUAAACUAACUUUAUUUAUACUCGGUAGUUCUACCAGUCCUAAAGUGUUCUCCCUAGAUCUAAUUAACCAUUUCCUAUAUUUUCUAGAGAGGAGCCCAUUGAUUAUGGCGACCUUGACUCAUCUAUACGAACAUCUUGCAAGAAAAUGGGUCUGGAAGAUGUUGAUGGUAGGGCACGAUACACAUUUUAUACGCUGGAUGCAUGUGACAAAUGUUUCUUAAAGGAACAAGCAAAUUAAAUAAUAUUUUUAAUUCUAUUUAUUUGAGUCUCCACUUAUCAUAAUUUUCUCCCUCUGAUAACUGCAUGUUGACCACCAUCUGUUGCACGGAUAUAUAUAAUUUUUCGCUUGUAAAAAAGUUCUCGUACCUUAUAAGGAUCCUUUUUUCCUGUUAGGAAAAUCCGCAUGCUUAUGACAAGGUUGCCACAGAACGCAGGAAUACAAAAAUGAGACUGUUGAUGAAAGCAUUUGAGAGUUUGUCGGUUAACCGAAUCAAAUUCCAUUCUGAGUCAAAUCCGAGCCCGAGUGAAAUGUCCGAGUCACUGCUUAUCGGUCUUUGUAGUUCAAUGACUUAACCAUAACCCUAACCCUACUCCUAACCCUAUUCGGCCGUGAAUUUUAUUCAAUUUCGUCUUUUUUUACAUGACUAGGACGUUUGACUCGGGCACGGAACUAGCGAGCUUAAGCAUGUAAGACGGCAACACGACGACGACGGCAACCAAUACAAUCAUGAGUCAAUGAAAAGAAAUAAAUAAUCGAAGUCCCGGGGGAGUUUCUAAACGCACAUACUUGAACAGUUUACUAACACUGUAUUGUGUUUGUUUCUUAAGGUUUUGUUACAAAAUGCAUUCAGUUGUACGAAACGACUGUAGUACGUCAUGGUUUGAUGAUGGUGGGACCCACUGGAUCAGGAAAAACGAGG